UCUGUGUGUCCGUCUGCCUGUGUCCGUCCCUCUGUUUGUCCGUGUGUCCGUCCCUCUGUCCGUCCAUCCAUCUGUCCAUGUGUCCAUCUGUCCGUGUGUCUCUCCCUCUCUCCGUGUGUCCCGUCUGUCUGUCUGUGUAUUCGUCCGUCGGUCCGUGUGUCUGUCUGUCCGUGCGUCCAUGUGUCCUUCUGUCUGUCCAUCCGUCUGCCU